UGCGUUUCGUCCAAGCAAAAGGAAAGAGGAUAGAUGCAGAGCCCAUGAUUCUGAGGCGAAGACCGCCGACUGAAGGUCCGUAGUCACCCCCUGAUUGUUUACGCCGUUCGUAUCCGUCAAUCCAUACGAUUCCUCUCUGUUUCCUCUGAGUUAGGACUUUUCUCCUGAAAAUCAAACCCUAACCUCCAAAAUUUUCACUUCUCGCAAGGAGCAGAGCUGUUUGGGGCUGUAGAGUAAAUAAGGAAGUGGCGUUUCUUCUUUGAGUUUGAUAGAGUUAAUGGAGAGCAUGAAGGUGUACAUCAAAGACAACAGCAGUUUUGGGGUUUGCCAAUUAUCUGAAAUGGUACAGUUACUUUCACUGGUUUAGAGCUAGAGUUGUACUUUUCUUGUAUAGUUAAGCUUUUAGAUUUAGACUUGCGCACAGAUAUUGAUCAAGUAGUUAGAAAUGGAAGCGAAGAUCGCAAAGGCGUUGGAUAGAAGCAGGAGAGUUGUGCGUGACUCAAAAAGAAAGCGGGUAACCCAGUCUGCUAACUAUUUGAAUGGAGUUAACCGAACAAUGUCACCACAGUGGCACACCUCAGAUAUCUCACAAAAUAAGCUUGCCAAGCGAAGGAAAUUGGAUGGGUGUAAAAGCAAGCUCAAGAGCUAUGGGUCUCAUUUUGGAAGAUCCUUAAACAUAUGCUAUGAAAAUUUUAGGAAAACUGGCACGCCAAAGCGUUUACUGUUUAAUCAGAAUGGCAAAUGGAUUGAUUUUCCUCGGGGUAUUGUUGAUAUGGUUAGAGGAGAUUUUCAGGUAAAGAAGGCUGCUAUGGAGGUUAAUUUAAAAGGGCAUCCUUUCCUGCUUGACUUUUUGCAUAUGUUUCGGAUGGACUUGAAAACAGGUUCACGACAACCCAUUGCUUGGAUUGAUGAAGCAGACAGCUGCUUCUUUCCAGAAAUUUAUGCGGAUGACAACGAACUCUCUGAUCUCCGUCAACUUGAAAGUGAGAAAUAUCAAGACCCAGUGUUUGAGGAGUCCAAUGGGUCUCAUGAGAUCAAGGUGCAGCUGGAAAUCCAAAUAAAUGGAGUGGAUCAAUCUGAGCUGAAGGAAUGUAGUGGGGAGUCAAAUGCUCUAGUUAAGCAUAUCCAAAUCAAUCAUAAACCGGCUAACAACCAAUAUGUUAUAGAUGUUGAGGAUAGUUGCAAUAGAGAACCUGAUGCAAAAAUUGCUGAGGCUGUUGAGGAAAAUAAACAGAUGGAUGCAGAUUUAGUCACAGCAGCUGUAUAUAAAAAUGAAUUUGAUUGUGAUUCUGUGCAGAAGAUGUUCCUUACGGGUAUGAGUGCUUUUGGUAGUGCUGACAUUGUUGAGAUAUACCCUUGCUCAAGUACUUCGAUGCAAGCUCGUUUUGAGCUUUUCCAGAAGCAGGUAGAACUAACCCAAAAUUGUCGUGGGGAUGCAAAUGUUCGAUAUGCUUGGCUUGCUUCAUCUAAAGAGGAGCUGCCUACAGUAAUGACACAUGGGCUUGGUUAUUGUCGACCUUCAACAAUUAAGUCCAUGUAUGGCAUUGGUAUUCAUCUUACGGCUGCUAACAGCCCUUACACCAGUGCAAGUAAUUGUGAUAUUGACGAAAAAGGGGUACAACACAUGCUAUUUUGUCGAGUGAUAAUGGGAAACAUGGAGGUUGUUUAUCCUGGAACUAGACAAUACCGUCCUAGUGGCAUGGACUCUGAUAGUGGAGUGGAUGAUCUUGAAAAUCCAAGGUUUUAUAUAAUCUGGACUAUGAAUAUGAACACGCACAUUUUUCCAGAAUUUGUUGUCAGUUUCAAGAUCUCUUCCGAAGCUGAAGGGCAUUUGAUUGGGAGUGAGACGAAGCAUGAUGUUUCAGGGAUUACUACAACUUGUCAUGUGCCUCAUGGCCAACGAUUAGUGUCUCCAGCAGUUGAUGUGGAGAGCAUCAGUCAACCAAUUUCAGAGUCUGGGAGAUCUGGGGGGAAAGCUGCCAGCCUGGGCUCAAGCACUACAAGAGCUCCUAAAUCUGCUUGGAUGCCUUUCACAAUGUUGUUUGAUGCUAUCUCGGAUAAAGUUCCUUCUACAGAUAUGGGAAAAAUUAAUACACAUUAUGAGGAGUUCAGGGCAAAGAACAUAGGUCGUGAUGAAUUUAUCAAAAGGUUGAGAUUGAUAGUUGGAGAUCCUUUGUUGCGGGCUACAAUCACGAAUCUGCAAUGCAAGUGGUAAGCCAAGUAAUGGAUAUUGCCCAUUUUGCCCAUGAAGGCCGGUGACCGGUUUUGUUGUAAGCUAUUCAGCUGUAGAUGAUGUAAUUGAUCCUUCAUCGAUGUUAUUGAAAGGGAUUUUGGUUAGUAGUAUAGCGAAGGACUGAAGUUACAGGACAAUUAUGGCUGAGACUUGAUUUAGUUUACAGAUCACAGAUAACAUACAAAGUUAGUGGUCAUUUGUGCAUUUUCUUCCCAAGUGUCAAAUGCAGCCUUUUGAGCCACUAUUUAAGGUCCAUUAAUUUGACUUCAUAU